UUUACAUUUUCUAAUGGCGUUUUUAGAUUAGGGUUCAUAACAAUUGACUUUCAACUUACAAUAUAAAGGUGUCAUUGCGCCAUUGUACCUACUGUAUUUGCCUAAUUCGUCAUGUUUAAGAUUGUUUUGGUACUGGUUUCAGCAUUAACAGUCAAUGCAGUGGUUCAAGUGGUCCCGCAAAGUACCCGAGUGCAAUGGGUCGAAACGUUCACUCCUCUUUUCAGUAAGUGUGUGGCGUACUCAAAGGUGGACUCGAUUCUUGCCUACAAAUCGGUUUCCGAGACGCUGUAUUCCAAUAACGACAACCUAAAGGUGUACUUUAAAUGCGUCUUUGAAGGCUUAAAUAUGAUAGAUGCGGGAACUGGAAAUUUCCUCGAAAAGGAGUUGUGUAGGCAACUUAAGGGCGUCACGCCAGAGAUUGCAAAGAAGUGUGUGGAGUUGUACAAACACGACAGAGAUAUAGCUGAUAGGGCUUUUAACUUGUACAGAUGCAUCGUCCAAUGUCUUGCGAAGAGCACAAUUGAUGUAAAGGACCAUUAAUGUAAAAUAAUCAUCUGCGUUGUUACCAAAAACUAAUUUAACUUAUUAAAGGUAUUAUUGCAAUUUCUUCCGUAUAGGUACGCCUAACCGUCAUACUUUAAUUGAAAAGUUAAAAUCCGGCUGCUGUCUUGAAGCAACAGUAUUGUAAAAGAAGGAAAUAGGGUAUUAUAUACAGUGUGUCCAAGAUAUGAAUGAGGAGCAUGAGGAAAUCGGAAACCAUAAAAAAUACACUGUCGCUUAAAUUAGAAACAAGUUAAGAAAGUAAUCGUAAACGAUUUAAAAA